AGAGACGAUCUAGUGAGGGGCACUAAAACCACCGGCGGAGGAUUUCCGCCCUGCCUCGGGUGGUUGUUUUUUUUUUAACUGGCCCAGAAACCGGCACAUCACCAUGCUCCUUACCUUGAUAUCUUGGAUCCGACAAGACAUCUACUCGACAGAUUGGACAUAAUGGCUCCCGCAAUGGCAAAUCCAGAAUUCGAGAUUCCCACCCAUUGCAAUGCCGGGGUUGUGGUCAAUGAAGGGCCCAAUUUUGAACUCCGGGUGGAAAUGGUACCCGUUCCGGAACCAGGACCGGAUGAUGUCUUGCUCCGCCUGAAUGUGACCGGGGUGUGCUCGUCCGACCUGCAUAUGAUGCAGGGCGAUCUUGGUUUCCCCCCCAUGUCUUACUUCGGCGUGCGAUCCCCCGGCCACGAGGGGGCGGGCGUGGUGGUGAAGGUCGGGCAAAAUGUGACAAACUUCAAGCUUGGUGACCGCGCGGGGGUGAAGCCGCUGCUGGAUACCUGUGGGUCCUGCGAGUUGUGCUGGGGGGACAAGGAGACCCACUGUCCAAAGGCCACCCACGCCGGUCUCAUGGCGCCCGGUACAUACCAGCAAUACAUCGUCUCGCCCGCUCGCUACGCAUCGCCGAUUCCCGACGGAGUGCCGGACGAAGUGGCCGGGCCCAUCAUGUGCAGCGCCUCGACCAUCUAUCGCUCCUUGUCCCAGUCUGGCCUGAAGCCCGGCGACUGGGCGGUAUUCCCGGGAGGCGGCGGUGGGGUGGGCAUCCAAGGAGUCCAGAUGUCCAAGGCUAUGGGGAUGCGGCCGAUCGUUGUCGACACGGGUGCUGCGAAGCGGGCGUUAGCGCUCACCAUGGGGGCUGAGGCCUUCAUUGAUUUCAUCGAGACUCCCGACGUCGCAGCGGCGGUGAUCGCCGCGGCCGAUGGUGUGGGCGCGCACGGUGUGUUUGUCACGGCCCCAGCAGCGUAUAAGACGGCGUUUUCGUACGUGGGUGACCGAAUCGGAGCGAUCAUCAUGUGCAUAGGACUGGCUCCCGCUGGCACAAUGACCGUAGGAGGCGAUCCCAACGUCUUCAUUCUCAAGAACCUGGCCGUCAAGGGUACCCUGGUAGGAAGUCGAAGCGACACGGCCGCCGCAUUGGACUUUGCGCGUCGGGGUCAGUUGAAGCAGAUCUGCGAAGUGUAUCCGAUCGAUCGACUCCCAGAGGCAGUGGAAAAGCUACGCCGAGGAGAGGUAGCGGGGCGGAUGGUGGUCGAUUUCAACCAGAGUUCGUAGCUCGAGGGGUGAGAGAGAAGAUAGAGGGAGGAGAAGAGAGAAGAAGAAGAAGAUAAGGCAGUGACUCCAGGGUGCCUGAGUGCCUGAGUGCCUGGGUCAACAUGAACACGCUGCCUCAGGUGUCGGUGAUAUAUCUACGAGCACAAUGAGAGCGUCGGGGGUGCGUUGGUCCAUGUUAUAUAUAUU